AUGACCAAGGUAGUGAAAAGUGUCCUACUCUUUCACUCAUUAUUCUUCUGUUUCUUAUAAUGAAUAAGUACUGAAAGAAAACGUUUUUGCAGAUUGGGUUUCUCUUGGGUGUUACUCUCAUUGUUUUCCUCGUGGAUUUGUGCUGGGCUGCCCACAGAAUUUAUGAUGCAAAUGCAGCAAACACACCAAAGUUAGUAGACGUCAUGGCAUUUGGUGCAGUUGGUGAUGGCUCCAAAGAUGAUAGCCUGGCUUUCAUAAAAGCUUGGAAGGCAGCAUGCAAGUCGUCAUCGAAUGGAAAGAUGGUGGUGACAAGUGGAAAGAAAUUCCUAGUCAAUCCUACCACAUUUUCUGGGCCUUGCCAGUGGCCUGUUUCAGUCCAUAUUCAAGGAACAAUAAUUGCUCCAGCCAAAAAAUCCGCUUGGAAAAUGGCAGAUACAAGUAAGUGGCUUGAAUUCUCAGGAAUCUCUGGCCUCAGUAUAGGUGGUGGUGGAAUCAUUAAUGGACAAGGUCAGAUUUGGUGGCAAAAAUCUUGCAAAGUUGAUAAGAAAAAUCCUUGCAGGAAGGCGCCCACGGCAAUCCAUAUUAGCAGUUGCAGGAACGUUGUGGUGACAAAUCUGCAAUUUGUGAAUAGCCAACAAAUACAUCUGGGCAUCUUCUACUCCUCUGCACUCCAUGUGAGUGGACUUAUGAUAAAAGCUCCAAAAGACAGCCCAAACACUGAUGGUAUUCAUCUACAGGGGGUUACAAAUGCUAAAGUUUAUAAUUGUGACAUUGGAACAGGGGACGAUUGCAUUUCCAUUACAUCUGGAACGUCCAAUUUUGAUAUUCAAAACAUCAGAUGUGGACCAGGACAUGGCAUCAGCAUUGGAAGCCUGGGAUACGGUGGAGAGAAAGCAAGCGUGGAAAACAUCAGAGUAAAAAACGUUGUGUUUGAUGGAACAGAGACUGGAGCCAGAAUCAAGACCUGGCAGGGCGGUUCUGGGUAUGCAAGACAGAUCACAUUUUCAGACAUCAAGGUUAAUGAUGUUGCUUAUCCAAUUAUUAUAGAUCAGAAUUACUGUGACUCUUCUAAAAUUUGCAAAAUGAAGAAAUCCGCAGUGCAAAUCCAAAAUGUUUCCUUUCAAAACUUCAGAGGAACAUCGACAGAGGAGCAGGCAGUGAAAUUUGUAUGUAGUAAGAGUAUGCCAUGCAGAGAAAUUGUUGUAAGAGAUAUAGAUAUAAAAUCAGUGGUGUCAUCAGCAACAGAAUCUGUGUGUGUGAAUGCUUAUGGCUUAGCUUUUGGGCAUGUUUAUCCACCCAGCUGCCUUCGGAGAAUGUGAUUCUCUAUUGUAUAGCAUCUCAAUAAUAUCUGUAAAACCAAAAGGUUUGGGAUACA